UCAUACACUUCCGGUUUCAAUGUUUACAAAAAGUGUUGUUAUUAUCGAUAGACAAAAUAUUAAAUAAAAAGCUUUUCGAACGUUAAAAUGCCUAUGUUAAAAGAACCAAAGGCGAAGCAGCCUUUGUGGAAGGAAAACGAUUAUAAAGCUCAGAAAAAGGGCAUUCGUAAUACGGUUUAUUCAGUUAAUGGUGACCAGUACACAGGAGAAUGGCUGAAUAAUUUAAAAGACGGUAAAGGUACAUACAAAUGGAAAGAAAGUGCCUGUAUAUAUGAUGGAGAUUGGAAAAAGGGAAAACGAAAUGGAUUUGGAACAUACAGUCGACCAGACACCAAACAUAAAGGGCAGUUUGUGAAAGAAUAUUCAGGAGGAUGGAAAAAUGAUAUGCGUCAUGGCUAUGGAACCAACUUCUACACAGAUGAAGAGUACUAUGAAGGGGAGUGGUAUGGGGACAAGCGAAGUGGUUGGGGAAGAAUGUAUUAUAAAGAUGGCACAAUUUAUGAAGGCGAGUGGUAUGAUGACAAGCGCAAUGGUCAAGGCAUGCUCAGAUUACCAAAUGAAAACAGAUAUGAAGGUUCUUGGAGAGAUGACAAGAAAAAUGGACCUGGUAAAUUUUAUUACCUAACCAAUGGACAGCUUUAUGAGGGGGUGUGGGUGGAUGAUAUUGCAAAGUGUGGAACAAUGAAGGACUUUGACAGAAACAAUGCACCUGAACCAACACAGUACCCCAUUCCGAAGGUUGAACUGGCCAGUGUUAGUGGAGUAUUACAGGAAUCGGAGGAGCAGUUUCUACAUGAUCAAGAAUAAGUUUUAGUCCAAUAUAAUAACUUUAAAGGUCUCAUUGUCAUGAACCAUAUUUUAUAUGUCCAGGAAUAUAUUUAAAAUAUUCGUUUUUGUCUUCGUUUACCGAAAACACCAAUAUUCAAAUUUUAAUUAUUUGAUCAUGGAUCAAUAUUAUAGAUGUGCUUACACAACAAUGGACUGUGUAAGUGCAGAGCAAACUUCUUCAUAAAAAUAAAUGCCAAACAUUUAUACCCUUUUAUAUUACCAUGUUUUGCAUUCAAGCAGAGUUUGGGGUUUUAAAAUUUCUUAAUAAUGGGAUUUUGUGAUAUUUUUUUUUUGGUAUUUUUACCGAUUGUUCUUUACAAUAUUAUAUUGUUUUAUAUUAUUGUCAUCAAUAAAAUGUUUACGAAAUCAAGUUUUCUCCGUUUUUAGUUCGA